CUCUUCGUCAUGUGCGCUCAUGCACAGCCUAGUAUGGUCACAUUCCACGAGACAGACGUUGCAACAACGACAUCACGACAUCACGACAUCACGACAUUGCUACCUGGUAUUCUCUGUUCUCCGCACAUCUCCCUCUCCACAGAUUUCCUCUCUUUCUCUUCUGCGGAGUCAAUCGGUUGGUCGGCAAGCAUGGUGCUCUCCUUGACCUUGAUCUACAAGGGCUACAGGAUAUACGUGGCUCUGUGGGCGGGGGAGCCACUGCACCAACACUCGAUGUGUCCAAGCCUUCGGCAUUGCGACCGGCGGUAGACAGUCUGCCCAACGUCAUGGACGGAAAGGCCAUAAAGGAGGCACGAGACCACCUGAGUGACCAUGUAAUUCUGGGUGUAUUUUGAAGGUGAGUUGUCAUCUUGACCUUACACCAUACCUAACACACCAUGUAUCGGACACUCUCAAAGACCUUCUGUCUCGUUCUAUGCCUGCCGUUGUCCUGGGCCCAAAGUCAAAUCGCACACCCGGCUCAGACUCAAAACACCACCUUCAACGCGACAUAUGGCAAGCUUGACCCCUCGCAAGCCGAGAUCCUCAUUGCAAAUGCAAAUCUAUCCGAAGAACUGUCAAAUGCGAUCUUGGUGGCUGUCAACUUUGAAAGAUCCAACUGGGCAGGCUCAUCGACUCAACUCGACCCUUUCUACGUGGAUAUCCCUUCCAAUGCCUCUCACGCCCAAGCCGGUUCCGUCAUCAAAGUCGAGCAGUACACCAACACUUCGUUCUAUACCGUGCCACCCAACGUGGCCCUCUCGCGUAUGGUGUUCAUGACGAAAAAUCUAAACGGCACUGUGAUCCCCGCAUCCGCCUACGUCUUGUGGCCCUGGUUCCCGCGGCGCUUCAACAACAUUACCGGCCUCCCCGUCGUAGCCUGGGGCCAUGGCACAAGCGGCUGGAGCGGUGAAUGCGGUCCAAGCCACAUCCGAAAUCUGUGGUACCAGUACAGCGCCCCCUUCGUCCUCGCUCUGCAAGGCUACGUCGUCGUCGCACCUGACUAUGCUGGCCUCGGUGUCGAUCACGACUCAGCUGGCAAUUUCUUGCCGCACCAGUACCUUGCCAGCCCUGCUCACGGCAACGACCUGAUCUACUCGGUCCAAGCCGCGCAGAAGGCGUGGUCAAGCCUGAGCAAGGAGUUCGUCAUAAUGGGCCAUUCGCAAGGCGGUGGAGCCAGUUGGGGUGCCGCUCAGAUUCUCGCGCACAGCCCUGUCAAAGGAUACUUGGGCACAGUAGCAGGCUCGCCGGGCACAUCGGUCCGCGCGCUUGUAAACGGCAACCUAGGCAACCCUGCAUCGCUGGGCUCCCUGCUGCUCCGGAUAGGGACAGGUAUCAAGUCCGUUUUCCCUGGUUUCCAGCCCUCGACGUGGCUCAACGAUAAAGGCGUUCGGUCUCAACAGCUCCUACAAGGCCUGCAAGGCUGCCAAUCCGUGGCGCUGGAGCUGUUGAGUCAGCCUGACCUGUUCAAGGACGAUUGGAAUAAGACAUGGUAUUUCGACGCGUUCAACAAUUUGACGCAUAAUGGAGGGAAGCCUUUCGCUGGUCCCAUGCUCGUGCUCCAGGGGACGGCCGAUUCUAGUGUAAACCCCAACGGGACGACGGCGGCCGUGAAUGCAACUUGUCGGGCGUACCCGGACAAUGCGUUGGAGUAUGCGACGUUCGAAGGAGUGAGCCAUGUUCCCGUGCUGUAUGCCGGGCAGCAGUUGUGGCUGGACUGGAUUGCCGAUCGUUUCAACGGAGUGAAAGUCCAGAGCGGAUGCAAAAGGUCCCAUUAUGCGCCAGAGCUGGAUGUCGUGGCGUACCAGAAAGAAGUGGCUCUGUUUUUGGAGUAUCCUAUGUAUGGAUACGAAACGGCGUGAUUAGAAGGUGAAGAAUACAGGUCGAGCAAAUGAUCCAAUUGCCAUGCCUUCCAGCCUGGGCACAAUGCCAUGGUAUCAAGGGCAAUGAAACCCACUUAACCAGGGUGCAAGACGGCUGCCGCUUGAAUCGUCGAAGCAGCAGUUGCACCUCACAAUGAACAGGGUCCCCGCCUACCAUAUACAUUGUCCUGGAUCUCGUCUUGAACAAGAGUCCCUCCUGCCACACAGAUUGUCCUCGUUGCUGUUUGUCAUCGAAUGGCACCUAGCGCCAAAUCACACGAUCUACCCAUGAGACCUCCCGCCAGUAUUGAGUCAGGAACUGGGUGGAUUGAAGUAAGUAGGAAUAAAAAAAUAUAUAAAUAUAC